ACGAAGUGCUGUGCUUGCUAUUUGUUUUUAUAUCUGAUCAGGAUCAUUGAAUCAAUCUAUAACCUCAAAAGCUAUGGCCUCUGGGCUUGUACAAAUUUAUCUUUCCAUUCCUGGUCGCAAUACCAUGCAUUUCACGCGUUUACUUUCUCGUUGGAUCGUUACAUUUUCUUUCCUCGUCUUAUUAUUCAUAAUUAUGAUUGUUGCUCUGUGUCAGCAAAAAUCUAGGGAAUGGAUUCUGGACCAUGAGAGUGAGCUCCCGCCGCGAAUCCCAUUCAUGCUAGAUAGCGCGGAUCGGCAAUACCUAGGGCACAUGGACAGAAAUCCAUCGUUGAUUGAAGAAAUUCCUUGUGCGGAGAAUGUACCAUGUUGUAAUAUUCCAACAUCAAGAAUACCCGAGUUCCAGGUCGUGUUCAAAAUGGGGGCAUCAGAGCCAAUAGAUCGAGUGUACUCAAACCUGAAUCAUACGUCCAAGUGCAUUCCAAAUGUACUUGUGGUCUCUGAUAAAGAACAGAAGAUUGGACGCUUCCAUGCCCACGAUGUCAUUGACAAUCUGCCUUCGUGGUAUCGAAAACAUAACAAAGAGUUUAAGGAUUAUGAUAAUCUCAACAAGCCCGAUACCGAUGCAAGCUCUAUAUCCUAUGCCAACGGACACCGGCUUGACAAGUUUAAGUUCUUACCAAUGAUCGAGUAUGCCUAUGAGAAAAACCCAAACGCGAAGUGGUUUAUCUUCCUCGAAGCGGAUACUUUUAUUUCUUGGAACAAUGUGUUUCAGCUGCUGGAUCAAUACAAUCAUAGCCUACCUUUAUAUUUCGGCUCACCAGCCCCAGGGCGAAUCCUCCCAGAUGGCAAGAAGACAUGGUUUGCUCACGGGGGCACUGGUUAUGUUCUGUCUAGUGCGGCAAUGGAACUGCUCGUUUCGAGGACAGACUCAUUAAACGGGCAAUAUCUGCCACGAUUGAGCGAGCAGUUCGAGACUCUUAUUAAGGAAGACUGCUGUGGCGACUCAGUUCUGGGUUAUGCACUAGCCUGGAAGGGAAUCCCUUUGACUGGGCUUACUCCCAUGUUUAAUCCACAUUCAUUGCAUAUGCUUUCAUUUUCUACGGAGAGCUGGUGUAUUCCAAUUAUCAGCAUCCACAAGGCCCAGGGGCAAGAUAUUUCUGGACUUUCAGACUUCGCCGCAGCUAAAAACAAAAGCUUCCCUAAAAAUUCAUCGCUCCUUUAUGGAGAUCUUUUCGAAUACCUUCAACUUUCUCACAUCGAUGUCCUGGACAAUUGGGAUAAUACAGCUCUCGUUCCGCUAUUGGAGGUCGAGUCUAAUUUAGCACAUGAGUCUUUUGCUGCCUGUGCUGAGACCUGCUAUAAUCACACAGACUGCUUUCAGUUCACAUAUAAAAGCUCAUGGAGAUCUAAACAAUGCUUGCUCACGAGUGAUAUUAAGCGAGGGCAAAGAAAGGUACCUGAGCUUAACAGGCGUGGGCGGAACACCUAUGUAUCAGGUUGGGAUAUUGGUAAAAUCCAGAAAUUUGCGGAUGCAAAUCGAUGCGUUGAUGCGGAAUGGGCUCUACCAGGUAUCAACCAUUGAAGGUCGCCAAGGAGCCAUAUUUUGCCCCAAGGACCUCAUACGAAACUGCGCUAUGAGACUAGUGUAAUGGACUAUGACACUUGUAUUGGAUAAGAUUAACUUAUUAAUGACCUAGAUGAAAAGUGCCGAGCACCCAACUUGACAUAAUUUCUCGUAGUAGAUGGUGAAAAUGUGGGCCGCAUCAACUUGAUCCCAAAUGUCAAAAUUUGCCGCAUCAUUAACCUCAUCUGAAACAACACAUUCUUGGUCUUUUUCCCACACUCUAUUUAUGAAAGUAUCAUCCUGAGGAGCAUGAAAUAGGUAAGUGGACGGGC